AUGGGGAUGAGCCUGCAGCAGCCGGCAGCAGGAACAGACAAUCCAGGACAGCAGCAGGAUCUGCAGAGAGAUGGAAGAGGGGUCAGGCCCUGGGGUGCCUCUCCUCGAGCCUGGGGAGGGCAGCCUUUGCCGGACCAAGUCGUGGCUGUGGCACCGGGCAAAGGGCCCUGGGACAUGGGCAGCCACCGGGACCUGGGGCUGGACAGCAGGAAAGGUGAGAGGCAGCAGUGCCCAGAGGAGCCCCAUCCCCCUCCAGCAGGCAGCAGGCUCGGGAGCAGGGAGCCUGCGGUGCUGCCAGGCGAGGAGAGCAGCUCUGGCAGCCGUCUGAGACCUCGCCGCAGGCUGCAGCACACACAGUGCCGCGAUUCAGGCACCCUGUGGCUCCCCCUCAGCGACCAGACCUCGGCCACCCUGCCGAGGCACCCGGAGACACGAGCACCCACCAGAGGCUGGACGGGAGUCCUGGGUCCCAGACUGUGCCAGGGCCCAAAUCACAGUUUCCAGUGGGAAACGCUCCCAGAGCCCCCACGGAAGGGAAAAACCUACUGCACAAGCGGAAAGCACAGCAAGUGCAGCACAAGGGGACACUGUCUGCCACGGCCGGUGCCUGUGCCAGCACCUCACCCCCUGCGCAGGUCCCUGCCGGGCAGUCUCCUCUGCUAUGCUGGUCCCGGAGCCAGCAGCCACCCGCUCCCCAGCGAUGACGGGUCCACGUGGGGACCACGCUGCAGCGGAGCCCUGCCGCGGGGUGCAGAGCCCGGCCCCCACAGCCCCGGCCCUCCAUGUGCCCCCAGCACAGCCCCGAAGUCCCCGGCAGCCCUGCUGCCCUGCCGGCAGACCUCUAGCCUCAUGCCCCCGGAACGGGAGGAGGAGGGAGCGGCACGGCGAGGGACGAGGAGGGACAUAAGCCUCCCCAGCUCAAGGGCCGCGCUCCCUGCUCCGCAGCCCCACAGGCAGCUCGGUGCCGAUCACACCCGGCACACGCGGGGCAGAGGCCGGCCGGGAUCCUUCCCAGCACCGCUGGACACCGGAGCCCGGCUGCCGCAAGGGGCCGAGGCCCGCGGAGCCGCCGUCCGCCCGCAGACCGGCGGGACCACGGGUGGCUGCGAGGGCGGCCUGGCUGGGCAGGCCCCGCGGGCGCGGCGGGACGAGGCCUGGUCCCUCCUCGCCCGCGGGGGCGGCUCCGGUCGGUCCCUCCGACAGCCCCAGAGCGCGCCCGGCUCCGGCACUCCACCGCGGCGCCGCCGCCCGCCCCGGCCCCGCCGCCCCCCGGGGUCCCGCCCGGCCGGGGCCGCCCCAACUGUCAAACCGCCGGCGCGGGCGGGUCGAGCCAUGCCCCGGCCGCGUCCCCGCGCCCUUACCGCGCGGCCUGCCCGCUCCCGUCCCGUCCUGCCGGCGGCCGGGCCCGUCUGUCGGCGGCGCCGCGUCACACCGCGGGGCGCCCGGAGCGCCCGCCCCGGAGCCGGGCCCGGCCCAGGCAGGGGCGGCCGGGGCGGCCGGCGGGGCCGCUUGUUUACGCCGAGCAGCUGUCAGCGCCGCCCGCCGCCCCGCCCCGCCCGGCCCCGCUCCGCUCCGCGCGGCCCGACACUGCCCGGCCCCGGCCCGGCGCGGCACGGCCGCCGCUCCGCCGGGCGCCGCCGGAUGCCGUCACCGCCGCCCGCCCCCGCCCCGGGGCACCGCGAGAACCGGGGCCGCUCGCCCCGGCCCGGGCAGACCCACCCUCCGCCGGCACCGGGCCCGGCACCGCCGAUCCCCCCGUGGGGCCGCCCGUGCCGGCGGAGCGAGAGGCCCGGAUCAGCCCCGGGAGCGCCCAAAACUCCCGCGGGCCCCGGCCCCGGGCAGGGUGCGAGGGCGCCCGCAGAGAACGGCGCCCGGAGCCGCCCUGCCUCCUGGUCCCAGUGCCGCGCACAGCGGGUCGCUUUGCGGCGUGGGGCACGAGCUGACCCAGACCGGCCCGUUCCAGCCCCGGGGCACCGCGCUCCUCGCCCGUGCCGGGAGCCAGCAGACUUCCCAGAAGACAAACCAGCUUCCUCCCUGUGGAGGAAGUGGCGCAGGACGGCAGCCGUGGCUGCGGUGCUUUGUGACACAGUUUUGCCCCACUUCACACGAAGCCCCAUCUCCUGCGGGCGGGAGCUGGAGCAGGGCCCGCCCCGGCCGUGCCCCGCGAGGCCUCGCACCGCUCACAGCCCUCGUGUGCUGACGCGGGCGGCAGGAAACCCCCGCGCCUGCCGCGGACCAGCCGCAGCCGCUGCCCUUCCGGACAAGAGGCCACUGCCGCCACCUCACCGGUGCCGCCGGGAAGCGCAGGGGCUGCCCCAGACCCGCAGCACGGCCGGAGGUUCCUGUGCGCCAGAAGCGGCUCUGCCUGCCGGUGCCGGCUGUGCCGGGGGCUGCGCUGGGGCUCGGUGGAGCCGAGCAGGAGCGCUGGGGCUCGCCUCCGCCAGCGGCCCCGCGGGAGUCGCGGUGACGCCGAGCACUCUGUGUCCCGGCGGCCGAACCGCAGUGUCCGGCCCAGCCCCGCGCAAAGCAGCUCCGUACCGAGGCGCGUGGCGGGACCCUAAAGCCAGCGCCGCCGGCCGCCACGGCCCCGGGCACGGCGGGAGGCCCCGGGCAGGGGCCGGAGCUCCCCGGCCGCGAGCGGGAGCCAUGCCCCGGCGCUGCCGCUGCGUGCCGCUGGACGGCAGCAGAGCGGGCCCGGGCCCGGCGCCGCGGGGAGCGCAGCGCCCGCCCGGCGCCGGACCGCGGCAGUGA